AAGAAAUUUAUAGAUGGAGCUGAAGGAAUGUUGAGUGAGGUAAACAGUGCGAGUGUGAGCACCCCGAGACGGAUAAAUGCGCAGGGUGGGGAAGGCAUCAUGAAGACACCUAAAACACCGGAUAAACUAAGCUCUUCUCAAUUUUCAAAGUUCCUGCCAGAGUAUGUGGAAUAUGCGGAGCGCAUCCGUAAAUCACUCUACUAUGGCCGACUACCAGCAACAGACCGUCCCUCAUUGCCCUUCACAAGCUUGUCUGUCGAAAGGUUCAGUGAACUGUGCCGUCAAGAUGGGCUGGAAAAACUGGACUUACGAUAUGCUUCCUCCAUGUGUUAUGAUGCUUGUGUGACUCCAUGCUCGCUCAUUCUUGCGUUGAUGUACCUGGACCGCCUGCGCUCUCACAACCCGGAGUAUUUAGCCAAUACCUCGCCAUCUCAAGUCUUCCUGGUCGCUAUGGUGGUGGCAAGCAAAUACCUGUAUGAUGAUGGAGAGGAAGAUGAGGUGUUUAACGAUGAAUGGGCCACGUCUGCUGCGAUCUCUCUUAGUGACCUCAACCAAGCAGAGAAAGAGUUCCUAGUUGCCAUUGAUUGGAACCUUUUUGUUGAUGCAGAUUCAUUCCUGUGUGCAUUUAAACGUGUUGAGGGUGAGGUAGCAUGGCGUGAGGGAGAAAGACGAGGUUACUUCACAUAUUCGGAUCUGCUGUCACUGACCCAGUCGCUUCCUGCCUCCUGCACUCCUCUUUUGAACUUGAUGAGUCACGUGUUUGCUGUUUGCAUGGUUGGAUACACUGCUGCUGUUGUGAGUAUUGUUGCAGGUACAAUUUUGGCCCAAGAAUGUAGUCAGCACAUGGCAACAAUGAUGAAUCACUUGACAUAUGAUGUAUCGUCAUCCAAUGAGACUGUGACUCCAUACCUGAAGGAUGUGACAGAGUUGGGUCAUUCAGUUCAAGUGGCAGACUCCCUAAGCUUCAUGACAGGAAAUAUGGAAACUAGUUUGGAUGAUGAUGAAGAGAGGAAUAUGAGCCUGUCAGGUCUCCCCUCCCGGGCUAUUACAACACUGACCACAUCCAUCUUACUGGCCAUGUCUUCACCGAGUACACAACAACAACAUCAGCAGCAGCAGCAUCGGCAACACAGUAGUGGACACAAGAAUUGUCGGUCUUGUCAGUCAUCUAGGGUAGACCAGAACUGUCGUCCGCGAACAAAGGAUCCCAAUGUUUGUUGUGAACCGGAUGACUCGGACUUGGAUCCUUCGGAUGUACGCUUGAGCUUUACAACGGGACCUUAUUGGCCACCUUCAAGCCACGGUCGAAGGAUUGGUCAGGUUGACGUAAAUUUCAUUCCCUUACAUCUUCCUAACCUGGACCUGACUUCCAUGGAAUCUCAUGCAAGUGAUCAAAAGGAGGACUGGGUGUACUCCAACCCUUGGAAGAUCCCUUGGCUCUCUUGGCACAGUGCCCCAAUUUACAGUAUGAUUCAGAACUUUUCAGGCAUUGGAGCUCCAAACAUGGCUAGUUUCAGGAGAAGUGAACAUGGCUGGGUGGAUUGGCUGGACAGGAUGUACGAAUUGAUGCAAGGAAUAGUAAUUGACAUAGUACCUCACGCUCAUUCUGUGACACUGUCCCCGGCACCCAUGCUCAGCCGAGUUGCUGUGGCCCACUCUGGCCCAGAUCCUGUGCCUUGGUUACUGUAAACUACCCUGGUGGAUUAUUAGGAUCCUUUUCAUUGAAGAAAGGAUUUUUCAUCUUUGGUAACACUAAAUGUUUUCUGUAUGAAAAGAUAGCCUCAAUAAUCCUCAUCAGGAAAAUUUUACCGAAGAAAGAAACUUUCUGAUUGGCUUAAUUCACCACAGAGUUGAUUAAUCAACAAAAGUACAUUUUCUUAUAUAAUCUCAUGUGAAACAUGUAUGUAAGCUUAUCCAAGUUUGUAGACACCAUGAUGAGUUGAUGAAUGGUUUUUAGACACCAAGCUGUUACCCAGUUUUGUGGACACCAAGAUGAAUUGAUGAAGAAGUUAUUCGGAUUAUAUGUUUUAAGUUACAUUGCUUCAUCUGGAUUCAUUGAGAUAAUUAGUUGCAUAAUAAGAGGAGAGUUAGGUGUAUAGCUCCCCCUUUAAGGGAAGUUCCAUCGACAGUAGAAUGCUUAGAACUUGAAGAACACCAUGGAACAGAUAGUAAAUAGCUGAUUGGUAAGUGGGAAGGAGCAUUUUGGUUAGUUUCUUAGUUACUUAUUUAUUUUGUUUCAGUUCUGUUCAUUUGUUAUCUUGUCCUUGUCUCCUCCUUUAGUUUCCUGUAAAUCUAUUUAUUUGACUUUGAUUACAUUUUGUUAUUCUUUGUGUAACUAGGAAUUGGAUUAGGUUGAUGAUUAAAUGAGGAAUAUGAUAUCCCAAGCUUGUAUUUGAUGACCUAUAAGCCAAUGGGCAAGGAGUAAAAAUAUCCAGUAAGUGUAAUGAAGGUUUCUCUUGUUUUAUGUGUUAUCUUAUUAUUUGAUUCAUUAAUCUUCACCUAACAUGUAUUAUUGUUGCUGUUCCUUUAUUUCAUGAACAAAGAAGAAAUUAAUACUUAAAAACAUCAUCAGUGUCCCUAAGAUCAUACUAACAUUGUGUAGCCCACCAUCAGUAAUGCAGUAUCUUAGGAAACAUGUGUAAGAUCAUAACUUGUAUUAAGUAAUUCAUGUUUGGUAAAUACGGAAGUUUUGAUUAAAAGUUUUAGAUUUC